CCUCGCCCAACGCCCAUCGACUAACAUUUCAGCGUCGUCCUCGCCCAACACCGUCAAAAUGGUCAAGGUUAACCCUCAGAUCGCGUCUUCCCGACGCAAGAGCCGUGCCGCUCACUUCAAGGCUCCCUCUGACCAGCGCCGUGUCAUCAUGAGCGCCCCUCUCUCCAAGGAGCUCCGUGAGAAGUACAACGUCCGCAGCAUCCCCAUCCGCAAGGACGACGAGGUCACCAUCGUCCGUGGCUCCAACAAGGGCCGUGAGGGCAAGAUCACCUCCGUCUACCGCCUCAAGUACGUCGUCCACGUCGAGCGCGUCACCCGCGACAAGGCCAACGGCCAGUCCGUCCCUCUGGGCAUCCACCCCUCCAACGUCGUCAUCACCAAGCUCAAGCUUGACAAGGACCGUGAGGACAUCCUGGCCCGCUCCAAGGCUGGCCGCGACCUCGCUGCCAACGCCAAGGUCACUGCUUAAGCGGUGAACUCUUGAGCAAACCAAAAAAACAAAAUCACGAAAAACCAAGACGACGAUCAAACCUCCCUCCUUGGCGAGGACGAAUCUUUUCUAAUGUUUCACCAACCCUCACACACUCACGACACCCCCCAAGUGUGAGGGACAUCUCAAAGGGCAAAAGUUGAUGAGGAAAUGGGCAUAUACUCCGGCGUUUUUGCGAUACCUCCGUGCUUUCCUUCUGACGCGGUUCGGGUCUACAGCAGGGUAGAUGAAUUGAGAAUUCUAGGGUUCUCAAUGGCCAUUUCACUCAUCUUGGUGAAAUGCUCCAUGGGAGGUUUAUCCCGAAGUCUUG